UAUAAAACCUUACCAAUCCCACCUCUCAAGCCCCACAACAUAGCAAUAUAAAUCUUACUACAACCCCUCCUCUCAAGUCCCAUCAUCUCUUUUCUGGAGCUAGAAUGGCAUCUUCAAUCUCAACAUAUGCCCUUCUCUUAACCUUCUUCACAACUCUGAUUUCUUUCUUUUUCAUCACCUCGCGGUCAAAACAGAAGUUUAAAAAUGGAAAGAAGCUUCCCCCAGGACCCAGGCCCCUACCAAUUAUCGGCAACCUCCACAUGUUAGGCCAGCUCCCACACCGAAGCCUUAGCAACUUAGCCAAAAAAUAUGGGUCAAUAAUGUCAAUAAGGCUAGGCAAUGUCCCAACAACUGUGGUGUCAUCACCUGAAGCAGCGGAGCUAUUUCUAAAAAUCCACGACGGUGUUUUCGCCAGUAGGCCUAAAAUCCAAUUCUCUGAUUACGUCUCCUACGGUAACAAAGGCUUGGGUUUUGCACCAUACGGGUCGUACUGGCGCACAGUGAGGAAAUGGUGCACCCUGGAACUCCUUAGUUCAUCGAAAGUAGAAUUGUUCGAGCCGAUUAGGAGGAGGGAGGUGGAGUCGUUGGUGGAUCAGAUAAAGAGGGCAGCGGCAAGUGGCCAAGUGGUGGAUCUUAGUGCCAAGGCACUUGAAUUGAUGGAGAAUUUCAUGUAUAGAAUGAUCAUAGGCCGAAGUAAAGAUGAUAAAUUCGACUUGAAACCGCUUAUUCAAGAGAGCCUUAGGUUAACAGGACAUUUCAACAUAUCAGAUUAUGUGCCAUUCCUUGCUCCACUUGAUCUUCAGGGUCUGAUACCGCAAUUUGAGGCAAUAAGAGAGGGUUGUGACAAUUUUUUGGAGGAGAUAAUCGAUGAGCAUCAACAAGAUAAACAUAAAGGGCAAAAAAAACAUCGUGAUUUCAUUGAUGUGAUGCUUUCACAGUUGGAUCAACCUAUGAAUCCAAAUGAUGAAUCACAACUACACAUCAUUGAUCGAACAAAUAUCAAAGCUAUAAUACUCGACAUGAUUUCAGGUGCACUUGACACAUCGACAGUGGCAAUUGAGUGGGCAUUUUCCGAAAUUUUAAAGCACCCACGAGUCAAAACACGUCUCCGAAAAGAGUUAGAAAGUGUUGUUGGGAUGACUAGAAUGGUCGAAGAGGCAGAUUUACCAAAAUUAACCUACUUAGAUAUGGUUUUGAAAGAAAGCUUAAGGUUGCAUCCAGUGACACCACUCCUAAUACCUCGCGAAUCACUGGAGGAUAUUACGAUAAACGAAUAUCAUAUUCCAAAGAAGUCUCGCAUCCUGAUAAAUACAUGGGCAAUUGGUCGAGAUUCUAAUGUGUGGUCUGAUAAUGCCAACGAUUUUUUUCCUGAAAGAUUUGUCAAUAGCAACAUAGAUGUUCGAGGACAUAAUUUUCAACUCAUCCCAUUUGGAGCAGGUCGUAGAAGAUGUCCAGGAAUGCAAAUGGGGUUAACGAAUGUUCGCCUUGUUCUGGCUCAGUUGGUGCACUGCUUUGAAUGGAAGUUACCUGAUGGCAUGUUGCCUAGUGACUUGUGCAUGAGUGAGAAGUUUGGCCUUACGGCCCCAAGGGCCAAACACUUGCUUGCUAUGCCAGUAUAUCGUCUACAAGACUAAUAAAGUGCGUAAUAAUGGGGACAACAUGGCAUCAAACUAUCUUAAAGAAUGUACUUUUUUUUUAUUUAUGUUUUAUAAUCUCAAAAUUACUAUUUUUCCUCGAUGAAUCGGUUUAUUAAUAAUAAAAGAGGAUUUAUGAUGGUUGUUAGAAUUCAAUAAAACAUAAAAUUUUACUAAAAAUAUAA